AAAUGUCCAGGGCUGGGCAAUUUGAAAAAUUUCCCAUGUUGGAGCUUAUUCAUCAUUUGCGACUCGGUCAUAUUGCGAUAACUUCUCGGUCACACUGGAAAUGUGCUAACAUCAUUUUUUUGGAGCCUUCGAGUUUGUGUCUAGCGCAGCAGCUCUCUUCCCCCCACUAAAACAACAACACACACACUCAGCUACUUCGGAGCUACCACUAACAACCCCGCAACCAAAACCAAAAAAACAGGACACACGCCAAGAUGUUCAUCUGGGACUGGUUCACCGGAGUGCUGGGGUACUUGGGUCUGUGGAAAAAGUCUGGCAAGUUGUUGUUCCUCGGCUUGGACAAUGCUGGAAAAACCACACUGUUGCACAUGCUCAAAGAUGACAAGCUGGCCCAGCAUGUGCCCACCCUGCAUCCGACCUCCGAGGAGCUGUCGAUUGGCAACAUGCGCUUCACCACAUUCGACUUGGGUGGCCACACUCAAGCACGCCGAGUCUGGAAGGACUACUUCCCCGCCGUGGACGCCAUCGUGUUUCUAAUAGACGCCUGGGACCGCGGCCGCUUCCAGGAGAGCAAAAACGAGCUGGAUUCGCUGCUCACGGAUGAGGCUCUCUCCAACUGCCCCGUGCUCAUUCUGGGCAACAAGAUCGACAAGCCCGGUGCAGCCAGCGAGGAUGAGCUGAGAAAUGUGUUUGGGCUGUAUCAGCUUACGACCGGCAAGGGCAAAGUGGCUCGUGCCGAUCUGCCUGGCCGCCCGUUGGAAUUGUUCAUGUGUUCCGUACUGAAGCGACAGGGCUACGGCGAGGGUUUCCGUUGGUUAGCGCAGUACAUUGAUUAAGUCAGAAUUAACUACCACCACCAACCAACUCCAUAAUUCAACACACAACCGAAACUGGAAAACCCGAAACCCGAGGCAAAUUGCCCGCUAAAUUUAAAUCCCGACGAAAGAGAUGAACCAACUGAACCCCCAAACCUUAAGCAAAACGAAGCUGCGUGCGCAAUUUCUAAUUUAUACAACAACAACACAAUUACAAAUAAUUCAUAAUUAAUACCACAAAACGAAAUGUACAUCUGUAAUUAAACGAGACACUGUUUAAUCCAGCCACACCACAGAAACAAACAAACAAACAAAACAAAAAACAAAAUAACAUCAAACAACAAUUGUAAACAUCUUUUCUAUCUAGAGAACACCGGAUGAGAGACGAGGAUGAAAAGGAUGUGCAAGGGAAAACUUUUAAUCAUAAUUAUGAAUAACAAAUUGUAGCAAAUUAAAGGUGAUUUAUUUAGGAGCAUGUGCUUUCACGGAUGUGUGCCCCGCUGUUCCAUAAAUAAAAUUUAGCUAUCUACCUUUUAUUUAAAAAUUUAUAAUUGUAAAUGUCACGAUUUAUUUCCUCUAGUUUAGUUGGCUGCAAAAUAUAUUAUACAUCCGCGAAUAUCCUUCCCGCCCGCCCUUCCGUUUAUGGUAAAUUUUAAUUUAGCUAAAAUUUUUUAAGUUGCAUGUCAUCGAUGUACUUUGUUUCUUUUAUAUACAAUACAAAGAAAAAAGGGAAAACAAUUAAUUAAA